GUGACUACACGAAAUGCUACCACCCUGAGAGUGAUGAUCUUAAAGUGAGCUUACUCCUUAAGUAUUUUAUUCUAAUCCAUAAUCUCGUUUUCCAAAAGCAAGUAUGUGAGUUCCACAUUUUAGCCUCCAAGGGGCUGCGCUGACAAGCUUUUUUAAACCAUUCAUAUGGUAAUCUAUUACGUUUUGUUUUAGAUUUCAAAAUUAGAGAUGGCUGCUAAUGACUAUGGUGUGUCCAGGUUAUUAUGACACGGUCGGUUCCGGCCGGAAUCCGGCGGCAAGGAACCUGCCGGAACUUGCUGGAAUCGGCGAAAACUGUGCCGGAAUCGAGAAGAGCUAUACCGGAACCGACUCAGAUUUCAACGGAUCCAGUCGCCGGAAUGAUCGACCUGGGAUAGCAGUUAGUUUCUCGCCGAAGUUCCAUUGCGAGUUAAAUCCUAUAGAAGGAUCUUGGGCAGACCAAAACAAUUCGUUCGACGUCGAACAGACCAAACAUUCCCCACCAUGCUCAAAUUAA